AUGUUCUCUUUUACAUCAUUAGGGGUCAAAUUAGAUAAAGACCUUGCAUCUGCAAAACAAGGAGUCUAUACUUUUCGAGCUCAAGGAGUAGUGUACCAUGACCUUCCUUGCUUAUUACUUAAAUAUUUUCAGUUGUAUUUUGUGGAAACUGAACGAGAGGUCGAGAAUAGAAUAAACAUAUUUCGAAACUCAUCUUUAUCUGAAUGUACGGUUAACAAACUCAUUAGCGUUUUGGAAGUAAACCCAUAUGCAAAAGGUUUUAGAAGAUUGAAGGACUAUCCAUCAAUGGAUGAAGGAUGCAAAAUUAGACCAGUGCGAAAUAAUGUUAAUAUUCCAUUUGAAUGUGACAUUGUUAUCUAUGCACAUUCAGGUGAUAGACACAGAAUAAAACAUUCUUUUGGAUGUUAUGAUCCAUUGCAAUAUCUCCUACUUUUUCCAAAGGGUGAUGUUAGUUGGCAUCAAAACAUUUUGAAGUUAGCUGCUAACGAACACUAUAGGCAGAAACAA